AUGAAACACAUUCAAAUUGAUCUUCAUUUUGUUCAUGACUUGGUUCAGAAAAAUGUACUCAAUGUCCGUCAUGUUCAUACCAAUGAUCAACUUGCUGACUUGUUGACCAAGCCUCUCUCACGACAACAUACAGAUCAUCUCAAGAACAAGAUCGAUCUUACUGAUGGAAGUCCGUUCUUGCGGGGGCGUAUUAAGGAAGAUGCUGAAGAUCUGUCACAAUCCCAACCGAAGCAACAAAUCCGUCCAACAGUGCUUUUUGCUGUUGAAGUGCAUGAUCUCGAUUGUAAUGGAAGUGUGUCUAAAUGGGACUUCAAUUCUUGGUUCUGGUUGGAAAAAGAGGAGGCAGAAAUAGAGGCUGAUAACAUGCAGGAGCAGACAAUGGAGGAGAUAAAUGAACAGUUAAAGGCUUCAGUUUCUAAUACUGAAAGGGAUAAUCAAUUUGAAGAAGUUGAAGAUAGAGGAAGUGCAGAGAAGGAAUGGGAGCCAAAGCCUGGGAUGGUUUUUGAUUCACUUGAUAAUCUUCUCCAAUACUACAGAAGCUAUGGGAAUAGAAUGGGGUUUGAAGUUAUUAUAAGAUCCUCAAGAAAAGGAGAUGAUGGAGAGGUGACAAACGCAACACUAGCUUGUUCUUAUACUGGGAAGUCAAGUAGUAACACCCGAAAUGCUUUUAAAUUGUACCCAGUGACAAAGACAGAUUGUAAGGCUCGGGUUGGUGCAGCCGUACGUGGUAACGGAAAAUGGAAAAUAUGUUCAGUGGGGUUGAAUCAUAACCAUGAGCUCAGUAGCCCAACAAAAACUAGAUAUUUCAAGAGCAAUCGUGGUAUACAACCAUAUGUGAAAAGGAAACUUGAAGUAAAUGAUAGGGCCGGGAUUAGGCCGAAUAAAAAUUUCAAUUCCAUGUUAGUUGAAGCAGGCGGUCCUAAGAAUUUAACUGUCUUGCAAAAAGAUUGUAGGAACUAUAUUGCAAAAGUUAGGAGGAUGCGACUUGGUGCCGGGGAUGCUUAUGCAAUCCAAAAAUAUUUUUUGAAGAUGCAAAAAGAUAAUGCAAAUUUCUUUUACAUGAUGGAUUUAGAUGAAGAGGGUCGAUUACAGAAUGUUAUAUGGGUGGAUGCAAGAAGUAGGGCUGCAUUUAAGGAAUUUGGCGAUGUUGUCACAUUUGACACUAUAUACUUGACCAAUAAGUAUGAUAUGCCAUUUGCAGUGUUUGUUGGUGUUGACCAUCAUGGGCAUUCAACACUCUUAGGUUGUGGGUUAAUCUCCCAUGAGGACACGGAGACUUUUGUUUGGCUUUUGAAUCCUGGCUUGCAUAAAUUGUCAGAAAAGUUAAGGGGUUAUAGCGAAUACGAACGCAUUAAGUUUGCUUUGCAAAAUGCUUUAUAUGAUUCAUUGACACGUGAGGAGUUCGAACAACGUUGGACUGGAUUCAUUGAUAAAUACAACCUUCACAACAAUGAGUGGUUACUUGGACUGUAUAAUGAAAGACAAUGUUGGGUGCCAUCGUUUGUAAAAGACACCUUUUGGGCGGGUAUGUCCACCACUCAAUGGAGUGAAAGUAUGCAUGCAUUCUUUGAUAGGUAUGUAAAUUCUAAAACCACUUUGAAACAGUUUGUAGAACAGUAUGAGAAUGCACUGUGUGAUAAAGUAGAAAAAGAAAAGGAGGCUAAUUUUAGAUCAUGGAAAUCAUGGAUUUCAGUGGAAUGCAUUUGA